GCGGAUCCAGCUCAUGCAAUGUAGAGGGUCCAGCCCAUGCAACGUAGAGAGUUUUGUGGGGUUAUUUUCUAUUUGUUAUGGACCAUUAUGCCUUUGUUUUACUUCUUCGUGUCGGUAUCUUUUCCUUUUAUUACUCGGUUUAGGUUGUUGUGGUUGUAAGCCUAUUUAUAGAGGUUGUUAGGUUAGUUGUUCGGUAGCUAAUUUGAUUGAAAUAAAAGAACAAAAGAGGCUUGUCCUCACAUAUAUCGUGUCUCGGCCAUUCUCAGAAUCAACGAGUCUCGAUUAAUACUCAUCCAACCCACGUACGCUGCAUCAGAUUGGCAUAAGAGCCUGGCUGAUUCCGAGGGAUGCCGCCCCGUAGGCAGGCGCGAGCUGCUACUGCGGAAGAUGCUGACUUUGUUGACUUGCGACGUGAGAACGCCGAAGUUCAACGUGAUAAUGACGAGCUGAGGCGUCAGGUGGAGAUGUUGGCACAACGACUGGACGAAGUCGUUCAGGUGCAGCGCCAGUAUGAUGAUGUUACCAUCAUUGACGAAAAUCCCUUCGCUAAUCUUCGGAAUCAUUCGCCGGAACACCACAACUCCCGAUGGGAACAAGGUUUUAGGGUGGAUAUUCCCCAGUUUGAUGGCACUCUAGAGUCGGAAGAAGUCAUAGACUGGCUCUCCCAAGAUGAGGAGAUCUUGGAUUUUAAAGGAUUUCCAGAAGAUCGCCGUGUCCCUCUAGUCACGAUCCGGUUGCACGAUCGUGCGCAAGCGUGGUGGCAACAGCUGAAGAAUACACGAGCAUGACAGGGUAAGGAGAAGAUUGCAAGCUGGAAUAAGUUCAGGAAGCAUUU